AUGUUUGGCUGGUUGUUUGCUGAGAAGCAAUUGCAAAGAUGUGGCGACUGCCGUGAAGUUGUCGAAGGGAUUUAUCGCCAAAGCGUGCUUGCAUUGGGCUUGGUUGUUCGCAACUUCCAUCCUUCGAUUGGUGUUUUCGAGCACUUUCCGAUCCAAGUAGAUGAGGCGGCAGUGACGAGGAUGAGGAAGGACAUGGACGACAAGGACGACGGAGACGACGGCGACGAUACGGACGACGUGGAUGAGGACGACAGGAGCGACGGCCAAGACGAGACUAAGAGCCACGUCAACCGCGUCCGAUUGGGAAACUAG